AUGAUCGCACAAUCACUUCUCCUUCUUGGCCUAUCGGCUCUAUGCCAGGCCAAAGUUCAGUUCCUGGGCGUUGGUAUCGCGGGUGGUGACUUUGGCUGCCAGAUCGAUGGCACCUGUCCCCUUGGUUCGACCCAGCUUCCCCUGGGAGGUUCUGGGGGAGGCGGCGAUGGGCCCGGUCAGAUGAACCAUUGGACCAAGAACCGCGGGUUGAACAUGUUCCGGCUGCCAAUUUCAUGGCAAAGCCUGACAAACAAUCAGCCCGGCGGACAGCUGGACGCGAGGAACUUUGGACGUUAUGAUCAGCUGGUCCAGACCUGUCUGAAGACGGGCGCGUACUGCAUGAUCGAUAUUCACAACUUUGCGAGGUGGAACGGCCAGAUCAUUGGCCAGGGCGGUCCCACGGACGAGCAGUUUGCCGGCCUCUGGACGCAGCUGGCCACCAAGUACGCGGCAAACGAAAAGGUCGUUUUUGAGCUCAUGAACGAGCCGCACGACCUCGACAUGGCGCUCUGGGCCCAGACCUGCCAAAAGGCCGUCACGGCCAUCCGCAACGCCGGCGCCACCAAGCAGAUGAUUCUUCUGCCGAGCAGCAACUUCAACAGCGCCGCGACCAUCAUCUCCAGCGGCGACGCCGACCUCCUCAUGGCCAUCAAGAACCCCGACGGAACCACCGACGGGCUCCUGCUCGACAUUCACAAGUACCUUGACGUCGACAACUCGGGCACCCACCGCGAGUGUACCACCGACAACACCGCCGCCUUCCAGACCGUUGCCGACUACCUCAGGAGGGUUGGACGCAAGGGCCUCGUCUCGGAGACGGGAGCAUCCAUGGACGGCAGCUGCAUGACCGCCUUUUGCGCACAAAACGCCCUGAUCAAUGCGAACUCGGACGUCUUUGUCGGCUUGGUUGGCUGGGCGGCGGGCAGCUUUUCGACCUCUUACAUCCUCAGUCUGACCCCUAACAAGAACGGCAACACCUUUACCGACAACGCCCUCAUGAACCAGUGCGUGAUAGACACCUGGCUGAACUCCAAGACGGUUGCUCCUCCAGCCCAGCAGCCCCAGCAAUCCCAGCAACCUCAGCAAUCCCAGCAACCUCAGCAGUCGCAACUGAACCCCCCUCCUCAGUCCACCUCGGCAUAUCGCAAUUCCAGCGUGCCCACGACGCCUGCCGGCUCGAGCCCGGCGCAACAGCCGACCGCCGCCCCAAACGGCACGCGUCCCAGCGUGCGCCCGUCCUCGCGCCCCUCCGAAUUCCUUACCCAGAUCCUGCCCACGGGAAUCUACGACCCCAAAAAGCAGAAGCCGAGUGACAUGCCCACGACGCUGGUCAUCGCCCAGGGCACGCCGACCCCGCCGGGAGUUGCGCAAUCUGCCGUCCCGACCAGCGCGUCCCGCCCGUCCUCCAGCGGCUCGGACAACUUCCCAGGAACGUCGACUCCGCUCCCCACGGCCGGGGCUGGCGGCCUCGCCAUUCCUCCUGCUUUGGGUCUCGCCGCCGCGAUGUUUGCGGGUCUUUACUGUGUGUUAUAG